GUGCCUGUUUUCGAGUAUCCGUCCGAGUUUCACCAGGAGACAGUAAACGGUCUCAUAGAGCGCAUCAACGAAACCAGAAUAACGGAGCAGUUGCAGCAUCUUGCGGGCGCGUUUCGCCACAGGGAGUACAACUCAGAUACGGGUGAGUCAUUUGCCGUGGAAAUAGAAUCGCUGCUCAGAGAUACCGGUGUUACCGUCGAUAUUUACCACCACGGAUGGAGACAGCCGUCGCUCAUUGCAAAAAUCCCCGGCACACAACACACCAAAGUGGUGGUUGGGUGUCAUCUUGACUCGUUGAAUUUGGUGCCGUUUCUUUCGUCUCCGGGUGUCGACGACGAUCUUUCAGGAAUAGUUACGUUGCUGGAGGCAAUACGAAUAUUGCAGCAAAAUCGAUGGGAAUUUCGCCAAUCGCUGGAAUUUCACUUCUACGCGGCAGAGGAGCCCGGGCUGCGCGGUUCGCUGGAUAUCCUCGCCAGCUACACAGACAUCGUUGCGUUUCUGGAGCAGGACAUGACGGGGUUUUCCGCUGGUGCACCGCCACAUUUUGGCGUGGUGGAAGAUUACGCAUCCGAGUCGCUAAUGAAUUACGUCAAGCAACUAAUCGAGACGUAUUGCACGAUCCCGUACAGAAACACACGUUGCGGCCAAAUAUGUUCAGACCACUCAGCAGCGCUGAUCAACGGGUUUCCAGCGGUGUACGUUUUGGAGUCAGAGCUGGCUGCGUCGAACCCGUACAUUCACACCGAGCGCGACACGUUGGAGCACAUCGACGUGGGACAUGUGGCGCAGCACGUGCGGCUGGUGCUCGCGUUUGCCGUGGAG